AACAGGCAUGCCAGUCUGUGCACGAGAAGUCUUGGACCAUUCGUGCUGACAGUGCCGACCGACCGACUUGGGAGUGCAACGAACGACUGCCUCGGCACACACCUCGGCAAGAUAAUCUUCCAAACCUUCAGACAACGACCAACUGAACCACAAAACGCAGUCGUCCGCUGAGGCAAACGGACCGGAGUUAAAUCAAUCUCCACGCUGGUUCCUGCGACAUGACCAAGGCACUGUGACACACCGCCAGAGGAAGAGGAGGCAGACAGAGAAAGCGAUAGAGAAGAGAGAGAGAGAAAGAAAGAGAGAUGCUGUCUCAGAAGAAGAUUUUCCUCAUUUUGGUGACCAUCAGCACCGUGUCUCUGCUUCUUCACCAUGGAGUACAUCUAAACUGGUCGCUUGACAGCCUGACGUUGGGCUGCUCGUCGCUGCCGCUGGGCCCCUGGCGCCUCUCGCUCUCCUCCUCCAGCAUAAGCAUCAGCACGGCGUCGGGCGUCAAGCACACCAGCCUGGUCUUCCUGAAGACCCACAAGACGGCCAGCACCACCAUGCAGAACAUCCUCUUCCGCUUCGCCGAGCGCCAUAACCUCACCGUGGCGCUGCCCAUCAGCGGCUGCGGCCACCAGUUCUGCUACCCGCAGUCGUUCAGCGUGCGCAACGUGCACCCGUACACGCGCACGCGGCCCGACAUCCUGACCAGCCACACGCGGCUCAACGUGAGCGAGAUGCGCCGGCUGAUGCCCAAUGGCACACGCUACAUCACCAUCCUGCGCGAGCCGUCGGCGAUGUUCGAGUCGCUGUUCAGCUACUACAACACGCACUGCGGCAGCUUCAAGCGCGUGCCGAGCGGCUCCAUCGAGGAGUUCCUGAGGCAGCCGCAGCUCUACUACCGGCCCGAGGAGGCCGACUCGGGCUACGCGCGCAACACGCUGACCUACGACCUUGGAGGGGACAAGGACCAUCAGCCGUCGGGGGACGGCGAGUACAUGAAGAGGUUCGUGCAGCACGUGGACAGCGUCUUCUCGCUGGUGAUGAUCUCCGAGCACUUUGACGAGUCACUGGUGCUGCUCCGUCGGCUGCUGAACUGGGAGGUGGAGGACCUGCUGUACCUGAAGCUCAACAUGCGUGCAGACGAGUCCCGCAAGCGGCUGCAAGGGACGCUGCCGGCCAAGAUCCGGGCCUGGAACUGGCUGGACGCGGCGCUCUACGACUACUUCAACGCCUCGCUGUGGCGGCAGCUUGAGGAGCUGGGCCCCGCCUGCCUGGAGCGCGAGCUGCGCGUCAUGCGCAAGGCCCAGGACUGGCUGGUGCGCGAGUGCUUCGGCGAGGACACGCCGCGGGUGCGCUCCCCGACAGAGAUCCAGAACAAGCAGCUGCGACCCUGGCAGCCCAGCAAGAAGGUGGCCAUCGUCGGCUACGACUUCCCCGUCACCAGCAACACCACCAAGGAGCAGGGAGGUGGAGGAGAUGGGUCAGCAGGAGGUGCAGCAGCAGCAGCAGGAGGAGGUGGUGGUGGUGGUGAUGGGGGAAGAGUGGCCAAGGAGAUGUGUCUGAAGAUGGUCAUGCCUGAGGUGAACUACUCGGAGCUGUUGCUGCGGUCGCAGUUCGCGCGGCAGCAGCUGCAGCGACGCAGGGCCACCACCCCGCGGCCCCCCGCCAAACUCCAACGGCCCAAAAGACAGAGGAGAAAGAUAUAAAACGCACCUCAAAGAACACACUAAAAGAAUUACAAAAAAAGCAUUUAAAAACAAACAAAAACUGAAUAGAACCAACAUGGAAAAGGGGGUGGGGGGG